CAGGAAUGAUCAUCUAUUUGACGCUAUUGCUAUAUGAGAUUGUGUCUGCUACUGGAACAGACUAUGAUUUAAGCCUACGCGAAGAUGCUACAAUUAAUGAUAUCUUUUAUGAUCUAUCUGGCAUCUGUUCAAAAUAUGAACUCAAAGAUUUAGAUGAAUGCUGUAAAAUAAAUGACAGUGGUUAUUUGCAAGUUGCAAAGGAAUUGGACAGGGAAACCACAUCAAGUUAUUUCGGAUCUUUAGAUUGUACAUUAGAUGUCAACCCUUACUUUAUUACUUAUCAAAUUACCGUUAAUAUUGUUGAUAAGAACGAUAAUAGUCCGGUGUUUUCACAACCGGCCCAGUCGUUAAAUGUUAAUGAAAAGACCUCAGUUCCGGUUGAAUAUCCUCUAGUUGGUGCCACUGACAAAGAUACACAACCUAACAGUGUAUCGGGAUAUGAGUUGACGACAGACACAGAUAAGUUCGAGAUCGUUACUGGAACAUGGUCAGGGGGCACUUUACCACUUUCGCUUAAAAUUAUCAAGGAACUGGACUACGACACGGGAGACAAGUCUUUUGUGCUGAAUAUCAGAGCCUACGACAAAGAUGAUAAGUCAGACACCCUGGUGUUAACCGUCACUGUUAACGACAUUAAUGAUCACAAACCAGAGUUUGAAUCCUCCUCCUACACUGAUUCAGUAGCAGAAGAUGCAGGGACACAGACAGUAGUGCUGACAGUGGUGGCUAUUGACGCCGACUCGGGGGAUAACGGCAAAGUUCUGUACUCGUUACUGGGAGAUAACUUACCUUUUGCUGUGCGAGAUAACGGCGAUAUAAUAGUAACACGUGCGCUGGACAGAGAAACAGUAUCAAGUUACACGUUCCAAGUGGAAGCUCAGGACAGUGGUACUGUCUCCAGGAAGAGUAGCGUUAGUGUGGUGGUAGCUGUGCUGGAUGUCAACGACAACCAACCGGUGAUAUUAUCCCCUACAAACGGUGAGACAGUGGAGUUGAGGGAGAAUCUCCCUAUAGGAAGUAUUGUGUGUAAAGUUCAGAUAUCAGACAAGGAUUCUGGAGACAAUUCCAAGAUAUCAGUUACAAUCGAGGGAGGGUACAGUGAUAGGUUCGAGUACGCAGUAAAACAAGGUGAUAUCGGGCAGAUAGUUACUAAAGCAGUGUUAAACAGAGAGGAGACUGACUCUUACACUCUUAUAAUCAAAGCCGAAGAUAGCGGCACCCCAGUCCGAUCUAGAGAAGUUCAAUUCAUUUUGAGAGUAUUGGAUGAUAACGAUAAUGAACCUUCUAUAAUUAACUGUGACCAGAGUUUCACUGUUGCUGAAAACUUUGUUGGAAAGGUGUUCAACAUAGAAGCAGAUGAUGAGGAUAUAGGUCGUAAUGCAGAACUGAUUUACAGUAUAGUGGACACAGCGAGGUACUCAGUUGAUGAGGAUGGAGCUGUUAAUGUUAAGAAGGAGUUUGACUACGAAGUGACAAAGAGCACGACAGUAGAAGUAACAGUAACAGAUAACAGCACCAGUAACACCCUCUCUACUGUCUGUAACUACAACCUUAUCGUAUCUGAUGUUAAUGAUAACCCUCCUGUUCUGCAAGAUCUGGGUCUGGUCACUGUUAAAGAGGACGUUGGGAUAGGGUCGGAAAUAACGACACUGGUAGCUACAGAUGUAGAUACGAGUGAUGAAGACAAGAUGACUUUCUCUCUGCUGACUGAUAGUGAUGUUUUCUCUGUGGAUAGUGUGGCGGGGGUGGUCAGAAACAAAGUACUACUUGACAGAGAAACUGAAGACCACUACAUGAUAGAAGUAGCUGUGUACGACAGCGAUCAUAUCCACAACGAUACAAUACAAAUACAGAUACAGGUUUUAGAUGUCAGUGAUACUAAACCUGUCUUUCUCAGUACCCCUUAUAUAGUGGACCUAUCCGAGCUGGCUUCUGUUGAUCAGGUUGUUGCAAAAGUAGAAGCAAUGGAUGCAGACCUUGACGAUACUAUCACAUUCGCAAUAUCUAGUCCAUAUUUUGUGAUAGAUUCAGAAACAGGAGAGAUAAGCAUUUUCAACACCCUGAAAGGGGUCUCUUCUUCACAGCUAACUUCUGAGGUCAGAGCAUCAGAUGGAAGAUAUGUCACCACUACAGAUCUCGUAGUAAAUGUUUAUAAAGACGAUGGACAGGCACCCUUAGUUUCACAAAAUGGAGAGAAGUUGUCAGAGACAGCUGAAGUCGGGAGUACCGCAGGGAAGUGUACUGGGUCCUCUAGCAGUCCCAUUAGGUACCAGUUAUCUUGGGAUGCAGAAAACGAAAACUACAAGUCUGUCUUUGUGAUAGACGGAGAGAGUGGGGUCAUCACCACUACCAGCCAACUGGACUACGAACAACACCAAUCUUACUCGUUGACUUGCAGCGUCACAAAUAUUCACGAUCAAUCUACAGACGCUACUGUUACUGUGAAAGUGGAAGGUAUCAAUGAGUUUGCCCCCGAAUUUACUAAAUCUAUCUUCUCUUUCGAUGCAUACGACCCCGUGGAGCAAGACAAGGUUAUUGGGAAAGUUGAAGCAACCGAUGCUGACAAGGGAAAUGAUGGAAUCCUCCAGUAUAUCCUUCUCGGAGAUCAGCCAGGUUGGAGGAUAAAGCGCAGCACUGGAGAGAUCAUGCGAGUGAAACAACAGAAUGAGGACAGCAGAAGGAAACGCAGUUUGGACGAGGAUGCUUCUUCCAAAAGAAGUGUCGACGAAUCUGGGUCAGUAUUCCACACAGUGCGACUAGAAGUAGAAGUGAGAGAUAGUCCGUCUGAGGAGGAGGAGCACUUGUCUGCUAGAGCUGCUGUGGAUAUCAGUGUGUAUCCUUACACAGGUGGCAAUGACCAGAACAUCUCCCAGGUGGUAAUAAUUGGAGCGGCAGCAGGAGGUGGUCUGCUUCUCAUCAUUCUGAUAUUAGUGUGUAUCUUCAUUGUGAUGAGGCGGAGGAAGGCUAAGUCUGGUUCUAAGGAUCUUACUUACGUCAAUCCUACUGCUUACACUGAUAAAGAUGGCCGGAAUAUAACCGGGGACGGUGGGUAUCACAGCAGUGACAUAGAAAAAAAAGAAAUUGACAUAGUAUUACAAGAAAUGUCAGGGUUCAGUGAAAUAAAGAGAAACGUUACCACGAAACAUACCCCUUACUCUGUUGACGAGUUGGGAGGAGAAUUCAGAGACACACCACUAUUCGAAAUGGGAGACUCUUCAUACCACACAUCCUCCAAUCCCGGGUAUCUCAACGUUAGAGAUAAAACAGUCCCCCACAAGAUGAGUGUUUCUACAGUAUUAUCUGAUAUGAGGAACGAUGUCCAAGUAUCAGCAAUACCACACCGUCUGACUGGAUCCCUCGCUAGAACUGGGAGCUGUGAGAGCGUACACGUGUUCGGCAGUGAAGGAGGUGGUGAAGGUGACGCAGUUAUUGACGCUCAUAAUCUCUUCAACAAGUUAGCAGAUAUAGAUGACGAUGUCAGCGUUAUCGACAAAUCGAAUCAUUUUUUAGGUGAUCAGGAUAGUGCGUUCAGCUCGCUGGGAUCAGGCUCAAGUAACGGAGACCAGGUCACAACACCAUACCACACGGAAUAUCUCCAGGACUGGAAACCUGCCUUCCAGAGUGUCGGGAAAAUCUGCGAGGGGAUGCUCCGCAACGAUAAACAGUUCGCCUACAAGUCCAACUCUGGUGAUAUAUCAGUGGAGAACGUCUACUCCAAUCAAAACAUUCUGUCCACCCCACGUGACAACCACAGUCCAGCACGUGACUCAGAACCAGCCAACCACAGUCCAGUAGAUGAUAGAAUCUACGAGAAUCAGAGUCCAGCAAGCGAUGCUCUCUACCAGAACGCUAUAGAAGUGACGCCCACUCAGCUAGCAGGAUCAGUUGUGUCAUCGUACAGGGGGAGUAGAGAGGACGUUAUCUCUGGGCACUCUCGUAGUCCUGGACGAAGCGAGAGUAGUUGCUAGCGAGUUACCAACAGUUACCAAAAGUAACUUUUAGUUUACAUGGUUACUUGUACAAUUAAAGACUCCAGUUGUCAGCGACUCACCAAGAGUUAACUUGGUUACUUCUAACGAGUUACCAACAGUUACCACAGUAACCACAGUUACCAACAGUAACCAAAAGUUUGCGGCAGAUACUUGUGUGAGAAAUGACUCGAGGUCCCCACCCUGCUGAAUAAUAUUUUCUUAUCCCCCACCCUGUUACCAGAUUUAUUAACUUUCAGACUUUUAUUUAAAGACAGUUUCUGAUUCCGUUCAGUGAAAUCUUGACUUUAUUAUUGUUGACAUACCUUUUGUCAGCGAUAAUCUUUUUACAUUUUGUUAACGACCAGAUUUUUAUUUGCUUUCCAGAAUUACAGAUCAGCAGACUAUAAUUGAAUUUUACGGAAGGGUUUACACGAACUCUAUCGUUUUAGACACAGGGCGUGUUGAUAUUGAGUGGAAUAUGCUGUUAAUAAAACAUUGUAGAGACUAGAGUAUUAUACAGAUUUAUCAUGGAUUCAUAAUGUUAACAAAAUGGUUACUUUUUUCUAUAACAAAAGUUUGUAUUGGAUAAUAAUUUAUUAUGGGAACUAAAUUUGUAAGGUUUCGCCAACGAAUAAUACUAACCGCUGAGCGGCGAAGUAAUUCAUCGCAAACAGUGAAUGCGUCAUAUUUAAAAGGAUUUUAUUUUUAAAUCUCUUUUAGAUAAAUUUUUAGAUUUUAUGAUAUUUAACAGCAAUUAAUCCGAUCAGUGCUUGUAACAUAACAAAGUGUGUAAUAUUGAUAACAUUUCUGUUAAUGGUUUACA